AUGAUUACGGCCAAAAAAUGUUGCUUCUGUAUAUCUUUGCAAACGGGUUGUAUUAUGCUUGCUCUGCUUGGAUUAUUUUUGUCUGGCAUGAACAUUGACUAUAUAAUGUAUCUAUUAAAUAGAACUUAUUCCCGAGAAACCCAAUAUAAAUUCCCAGAGCAAGUACUAUACACCUGCUUACAACUGAUUCCAGAUUUUCUGUCUGUCUUUGCAUCGUGUCUGCUGCUGAUUUCUAUCAUAUCCCAAUACUUUUGGCUGUUCUGGACAACGCUUUUUAUUCAAGCCCUCCAAGCGGUGUACCUUGUUGUGUUCAGUAUCAUUUCAUCUAUAAUCGGAUUCAAUGCAAUAAUUAACGAGAGCUUUUGGCAUAAUAUCACCUAUUGGAUCUACGUGGUACUUUGGCUGGCUUUGACACUGUAUUAUAUGUACAUAAUUUAUUCGUACUAUCGACAGCUAAAGGAGAGAGAAACUGAAAAUGCUGUAGAAUGAUUGGUGCUAAAAUACAAUAUUAAUAAAAAAUACUAACUAAAUUGCUGUCUGUAACUGUAUAACACUGGAUUUAUCGUCAUUUACACUCAACUGGAAUCGAUAAAUUUUAAUGCAAAUGGAAAAAAUUUAAAAUAAUGUGGAGA